CCGCAAAGUUAAGCUGAGUGCGGAAAUAAAUUGUAAAUGGGUUAUUUUCUAUAUACUUGUAUAUUGCUGUUGCCAGUUGUCAUUGUUCUGGGGAAUACCGAUUCCGAGCUACUCUGCCAUGGAGACAACUGCACCAAAACAAGUAUCGACAAUUUUCCUGACCCAAGGGCUAAUAUGUUGAACGCACGUCUGUACUCCUGCGACAACAUUGGAAUCCUCAAACGAUCACCUAAUCUAAUAUCCGCGAUGAUCGACAAUUGCAAUACUGAUUAUAUCGACAUGGCCGACUUUAGUUCUUUAACCAAAUUAACCUGCCUAAUAUUGCAACGCGGCAAGCUUACCGAACUAGGCGAUGAACAGUUUUCCAAGAUGCCAACCCUUAAGACUCUUGAGCUGAGGAAUAACUCCAUCGUAAGGAUUUCCGUUGGAGCCUUCAAGGGAAUUCCGGAAGUGUGGAGGCUAGACAUGCAGCACAAUGAAAUUGUGUCUUUGCCGACUAGUGUAUUCCAUCCUCUUCAAAACCUCAUUGACCUUAACCUAAGAGGAAACAAAAUCGUUAAACUUCAAUAUGAAAUAUUUGAUCAAAAUCCACAUUUAUUAUGGCUGUCACUACAGGACAAUCCGUUGACUAAUGUAUUGUCUAUAUCUUUGAAGCACCUUGUCCGUCUGAACCUGAUCAAUUGUGGCCCGCUGAAGGAGCUGCAUAUGGAGAGUGCUGAAACCGUGAACCUGAGAGAUACCUGGAUAAGGCGAUUGGAUAUUGAUGGUGGCGUUAAUUCACUCUUUUUGCGAAAGAACCGUCUUGAACAUAUCCAAAUUGAAGACAAGUUGGCUGUGACUUUGAUGGACCUAAAUGAUAACUUGCUGCGAACUGAGGAUCUUCAAAAUAUUCUUAUGGGUAUGUGGAGACUUCAGUUCCUGGAUCUUUCCUGCAACCUAAUCUCUGAGUUACCCGUGCCCAAGAGGGACAAUUCCAGUGAGGUCUUUCUACUUCCCUCUUUACAAUUUUUGAAUUUAUCGUUCAAUAUGCUGGAGUACCUUCACGGCGAUUCGCCUCUAAUAUCGCCCGGUCUUCGAAAAUUGGACCUGUCGCACAAUAGUAUUCGUAUCAUAGAUCCUCACAUCUUUCGUACGGUAAACAAUCUCCAAAGCCUACAUAUUGAAUGGAACUCCAUUAGAAACUUCAGAUACGAUCGCUUUUACAGCCAGCACCGAGGACUUAAAGAAUUGGCCUUGUACGCGAACGUUUUCAGCAACAAAACAUACAGCAUUAUAACCAAAUUCUUUAAGGAUGCUGGUGUCAAAGUAAUAGAAAAAAUAUAUGAUUCUCGAGUCUUACCGGAAUCUGAGUCAUUUACGGAAAGCGAGGACUCCACGGAAGUAAGUUUGCAACUUUGACGAGACGAAAACAGCUUGAACUCGAUUUCUCAUUUAUGGGACAACUAACUCUCCUCGGACAACAAAAGCCAUGUUUUUCAAUAGCCAAGACUCCAAAAUAUAAAUAUAAACUAUGUAUUCUAACGCUUUUUUAU